AUGAAACCCUCAUUCUCCCUGACCUGGGGAGGCGAGGACCAGCAGAUAAUCCCACCCUUCCCUGAGCUGUUGCUGUUCCCUGACGCUCCCAGCCAGCUCAGAUUUUAUAAAAAUGGAUUAAAAAUCUCCAAACGUGUGAUCUGUUUUUGUGGAAUACGAUGGGGGUGGAUGGCAGAAGCUUGCGAAAGGACAGGGUGCUUCUCUGCCAGGUUCUGGCUUCUCUGCCAAGAGCAAAAGGAAACCAAAUACCACCAAGGCCUGGCCCUGGCUUUUCUAGAGCGCGGGGUCCAGCGCCAUGUGACCAAAAGGUGGCGACGGCAUACCGAGUGCGUGCAUCCCGCCGGAGUGUCCUGGCCACCACCGACUUGCGCAGACGCGUCUACCGGAGAAGCCGGAAGAGGCGGGGCGGGAGGCACGAGGGCGGAAGUGGCGCCGUUCGCUCCCGGCGCGUCCCACAAGCCAAUGCCGAGAGAGAGUUCUCGUAUCGCGGCGGCCCUCGGGUCUCCCCGCAGGGCCAGUAGAGGCGAGGAGGAUGGCGAGGGCGUGGGGCCCGGGGUCCUGCGGAAGGGUGAGGGCCUCGUGCCGGGCCGAGGGGCAGCGCGGGGCGGGGAGAAGGAUGCCCCUGUCCAGCCUGUCCAGCAUCACUUUGGGAGGAGAUGGCGGUUGGAAGACCAGUUAGGAGGCUAGAGCACUGGCUGAG